GGAAUGUAUGUAAACAGGCAUCCAAACGACCCCUGAAUGAAACGGCAUUUCUCCGUUCCUCGAUCACCAAAUCCUUUCCCGCUCAAAAAUCCAUCGGUUUUCCUCGAUCGCGAGUAAUCGAUUACGCUUCCAAAUCCCAAUCCAUUCAAAUCACCAUCUUCCCCACCUCAAAACCAGAAAUCUCAUGCGCAUUUCGACCAAAAUCCUGUAAACCCCAACCCCCAAGCCUUUAUUGAUUUGGCUUUCCGCUUUCUGACGCUCUAUCUAUCCCUCUUCUGCUCAAAUUGCUCCUGUUUUGCUGUCUUCCCAGUUCGAAUUCUGACUUCGUUCGUUCCAGACCGGUCCAAAAGCAGUAUUGUGAUAAAAUUUCCAUUUUUCUCGAGCUUGAUAUGCUUACUUAUCUUUGGCCAGGGUUUAGCAGGCAACCUGACCAUGAAUCCAUGUCAACCAGUCAACUGCAUGCCAAUUGCUCUGCCCGGCGUCGAAAUUUGGUUGCCUGUUUUCGUCUUUUAGAUGUUCAUGCAACUGCAUUCUGCGAGCUGGACCGCCUCGCAGAUUUGCUGGGUCUCACCUCGUCCAUGUUCUUGUAAAGUCAACAAAUCUGGCAGUGGAUGUAAUCAUCAGUCGAAGGGUCACUCAGGAAGGGUAUUUAUUGGAAUUAAGUUCUACCGUAGGAGAUGGAAAUGUAGAGCUUGUGUGCUUCCCUCUGGCAGUGGCAGUCAUGAUCUGAAUUUCAAAUUUAUCGAUCCAGCCAAGAAGAGCUUGAAAGCACAGAAACUGUUUGUUGUUGAAAGGCCGUCCAAUGAAUCUGAUUCUGGAGAGCAGGUUUGGGAGUCUACUCGGAUGGUAUCAAACUUCACCAAUUUCCAAGAAGAUCCGAUGGUUAAUAAGUUGCGGACUCAGCUCGGGGUGAUCCACCCCAUUCCAACGCCUCCUAUUGAUCGGAGUAUUGUGGGCCUGUUUGUGUUCUUUUUCUUUGUUGGAGUCAUUUCUGAUAAAAUUUGGACGUUGAGGAAGAAAAGCAAGUCCGGCCAUGAUACUCAACCUGGUACCUGGCCUCAGGUGCCCACUAGUUUUUCUUUGUUUCUUGAGAAGGAUCUGCAAAGGAAAGAGUCAGUAGAAUGGGUGAACAUGGUGAUUGGGAAACUAUGGAAGGUGUAUAGAGUUGGGAUUGAGAAUUGGAUUGUUGGGUUGCUUCAGCCUGUCAUAGACAACCUAAAGAAACCUGAUUAUGUGGAGAGGGUCGAAAUAAAGCAGUUCUCUCUUGGAGAAGAGCCCCUCUCGGUUAGGAAUGUCGAGCGCAGAACUUCUCGUCGUGCUAAUGAUUUGCAGUACCAAAUAGGCCUCCGUUAUACUGGUGGUGCUCGCAUGCUGCUGUCCCUCUCACUAAAACUCGGAAUAAUACCUAUUGUCGUACCUUUUGGUGUUCGAGAUUUUGAUAUUGAUGGGGAGCUAUGGGUCAAAUUACGAUUAAUACCAUCAGAGCCUUGGGUAGGGGCAGUUUCAUGGGCUUUUGUUUCCCUACCAAAGGUUAAAUUCAUGCUCUCACCAUUCCGUCUUUUUAAUCUCAUGGCAAUUCCUGUUCUUUCAAUGUUUUUGACAAAACUACUUACUGAGGAUCUGCCUCGGCUAUUUGUUCUUCCAAAGAAGAUUGUCCUUGAUUUUCAGAAGGUGAAAGCAGUUGGUCCUGUUCCAGAUGAUUUUAGAACUGGUGCAAUUCAAGAAGGGAAUGAAGAUUUUGUUGGAGAACUAUCAGUGACUCUUGUAGAUGCUCGGAAGCUUGCUUAUGUUUUCUAUGGGAAGACAGAUCCAUAUGUCGUUCUACGACUGGGUGAUCAAGUAUAUCGGAGUAAAAAGAACAGUCAGACCUCCAUCACUGGACCACCUGGAGAGCCAAUCUGGAAUCAGGAUUUUCUUUUGCUUGUUGCAAAUCCAAAGAAACAGAGGUUGUCCAUCCAAGUGAGGGACUCAUUUGGUCUCACAGAUUUCACCAUUGGCACAGCAGAGGUUGAUCUGGGAUCCCUUCAAGACACUGUCCCGACAGAUAAAAUCAUUGUCUUGCAAGGAGUCUGGGGAGUAUUUGGGAAGGGAUCUUCUGGGGAGAUAUUACUCCGACUCACAUAUAAAGCCUAUGUGGAGGAUGAAGAAGACGAGAUGAAGGUGGAACCCUUGUAUAGCGAUUUAUCUGAUGGCGAGAGUUUAGAAUCUGAUGAAUCAGACAUUACAUAUGAACAGAAUCAAAGGGACCUCUCUGUCGAAACAGGGAAAGAAUCUUUUAUGGAUGUACUAGCAGCUUUGCUCUUAAGCGAGGAAUUCCAAGGGAUAGUAGCAUCUGAAACAGGAAAUACAAAACCUUCUGAUGAGGCUGUGAAUCUCGAUUCAACUGUUUCAAGUGGUCGACGUGCUGAGUUUGUACCAGUUGAUUCUGAGAGCAGUUCUGAAGCUCCUGAAGGAUCAGCAUUAUUUUGGUUUGCUGUGAUUACUGGUAUAACUGUGUUGAUUUCUAUCAACAUUGGAGGCUCAAGUCUCUUCAAUCCCUAAUAUGUUAGUUUAACACCAACAAAGAGCCAAAAUCAAUGCUUCCAUUCGAUCAGGUGGGCAAUGAUUACCCUACACAUGGAGUCGGAUGGCAAGUGAUGAGGUGUACACACAUUUCUCUUAUCUACCCAUCAUGAGUAAAUCCGGAAUGCCAGCAGAGGUUCUCUUGGCAGCAGAUUUUGAUCCCUUUUUCAUAUUACAUUGUUAUGUUUUCCGAGCUUUGAUAAUUUGCAGGAAAGGCAGAGUCUAAUUUAUAAUGGCUUCUCAUUUUAGAGAGGCAACACAUAAGUCAGAGCCCCAUUCAUUUAUACACAAGUUCUCAGCUGCAAGGCUGAAAUGGGUAAGAGAACGGGCCUGAAAGGCUGGAGAGGUGCUUGGACCUAACCGGCCACAAAAACAAGCUUAGUUCCAGUUCUGGUUUUAAAACAAUUUUCUUUUUUUGAAAGAUGAGAAUUUAUCAGCAAGAACCCAAAGCUGCAAGGGAAAGCAAAAACAAAA